UCUCUGCCGAUCUCUGCCGGUCUCUGCCGAGCGGUGGAGGCUGUGUGCUGUUUUUCAAUCGCCCAAACAAGACGGGACCAGUUGUCCAAUUGCUGACAAGAAAAUCAAAGGGUAGGAAUGGGAAUGUAUCCAAUCAGCGUCGACGUUGUUUCAGAACGUUUCAGAAGCAUGAUGGGCGAUAGAGCUACCACCAGGGCUUUCGUUGGUGUUCGGUAGAACUCGGAGAGUCUCGACUCCAGCACGUUUUUGGUCGUGACUCGUGACGGUCAUGACGCAGACGUAGACAUGGACGCCAGUGCGCCUACAACAUGGAUACCGGAUCUCAGCAGCCACUGAAUUCAGUUCGGUCUCUUCUCCAGUAUCCGUUCGAGAGGAGAACUAUGGUGGAAAAACUUAAUGUCAAAGAGCUUGGACCAGAUCAGCCCGACGUAAAGAUAAGCCAGCAGGAGGAGGAGAGAGGUAAACUGUACACACGACGCUUCUCCCAAAAUUGGUACACCAGGAAGCAGUGGCUAGCUGGAUGCAAUCACGCUAAUGAGUUAUUUUGCUUUCUGUGUUUGUUAUUCAAAACGGCUGGGAUCCACAGAAGGUGGAUGUGGAACUUGUGUCUCAUUGGGGACUCCAUUCAUUCUCUGACUGAGGAAUGCAGCGCAUCAGUGCAGCAGCCAACAAAGAAACGGAGGACGUUUGGACAGGGAGAACAGCAGCUGGGUGCAGAGAUUGUCUCUGAUUGUCCAAGUUCCUUUGAUAAACUUUCUCAUCAAGACAAAAACCAUCACUGAGCUCAAAAACUCAGAUUAGUACCGCACUUUAGGUCCUAAUGGUCCUAAAUCAAAGGAACUCGAGGCAGACACCGGCGCCUGAAUAAAAGGAGCAGACCAACCGUCAUCCCCUGCGACUGUCCUCCGCCGUGAUUCCUCUCUCCUCAUCAGGAGCGCUCCCUGUUUUCAUUGAACAUGUGUCAGAUCAGGAGGCCAACACUCAAGUGAAGAUGAACCCUUACGUCACUUCUCACUUCAGGAGGGAUCUUUUCCCCCAUUUUUAUUUGUUGUAGGCGUCUGCCCUUCUAUCGGUGAAGAGCGCUUUUCUGUCAUUCUAGUUAAACUAGUCUGUGUUGUUUUGGUGCUCUCUUUGUAAUCGAAGUGGGGGGGGGGGUGUUGGAUCUGGAAUGAGUUUCCCAACUCUGUGAUGAUUUCAGUGUAAACUGGGUUUAGUUUGAAUGCACUUUGGAAACAGCUGAUCAGCACAUAUAACUCUGACAUAGAUGUGUCCACACAUUGUCUUUCUAGUAUGUUUUUUUAAUUACAACCAUACACAAGUGCUUCUUUGGUAUUUGUGUAUGGUUUUCUGCAGAAAUGUCCUUGCAUGUUGCUAUUUUCAUGUUGACAGAUUUUAUUUUUAAUGUGCAUGAUCAGAAAUGCUUAUUUAGAGAUUUAAGUCCAUGAAGUGUAAUCGUGCUUUUUGGAAUCUUAUUCUUUCAGCACCAGUCGACUUUUCUUCUUCUGUGGCGUUCACCUGAACUCCAGGCAGGACAUUUUAAGGUGAUCUGUGUACUUUCCACCUCUUUUCAUAUCAAUCGCCCACCUAAACCUCGAGACCACGGUCAAUCAUAAGAUAGAUGAUAGUAAUCGUUCCCUGUUUACUGUCUUUUGCCAGGUGAUUAGGGAUUUCUCCGUAACGCUGAACUGUUAUGAGAUUUAUCGGCUGUGAGAUGCUAGCUGUUUCAGGUGAUUGUCAGAAAUAUUGUCAUUCGUCUUUUCUACACAACUGAAACGAGUUCACGGUGGCAGUCAAACUGCCGCGUAGGUGCUUGGAAAGGAAACGUGAAAUUGUUAAAGCUGUGACAAGACGGAUUAGGCGUUGAAAAUGCAAGGAUGGUUAUUUCAACCGGGUUUACGAGGCAGACGUGACUUUAGCUGGAGCUGUGAGGACAAAAGUCGUUAAAGUGAGAUAAAAUUAUUCAUUGUGCUUUUGAUGGCUUUUGGUUCUGCAGAAAAACACAUUUGCUAAAAUCUCUGUAACUAACACAAAUGCACAUUUGAUUCUAUUGUGUUUCUUCAUGCUCAUUCGAAGAGGUUGUGAGGCUGGAAAGAACUUUAACCGUAAGGUUUUGCAUGUUUUUAAUCAUUGCAUGUUGAAAGUUCUUCUGUCGUCGUCAAAGUGUGUGUGUGUGUCGUAACCUUGUUCUGUCUCACGGUGUUAUGAGAUGUGCGCCGUGAUGAGCUGGAUGUCCUUAAGAUGCUUCCGUUUACGCUAUCCCACUCCACUGCGUAAUCAGCUUCUACUGUUCAUCAAACGAUGCCUGCUAAUGAACUUUAGACUUCGCUUUUUAGUUUGAAACUGAACACAGCCCUGCAUGUUCUUGUGAUGUAUGUCGAGGUCCGUCCAGCCCCAACACUCCUUAAAUGAAUUCUGGCUCCUGCGUGAUCGCAAACUCAAACUGUUAGAGCUGCCGAUUUUCAGCUCGCCGCUUUGGAUUGAUUUUAAGGACUUUGCUGAAAGGAUUUGUAGAAAAGGACACUUUUAUGGAGGUGAUGUGGAACUAAACUGAAAGACUGCACUGUGAAAAAGAAUUCCAGGGAUUUUUCUCCUCAUGACCUGCCGUCGUCACCUCGUUGGGACGGACUGGAAAAUAUCGUGCUGAUCUCUGCAACGUCACUGACUCUGUCAAAGGAUUUAAGCAACAUUGAAAAUUGCAAAGGUUUGAUUGCAGAAAAUGGGAGCUGCACGUGUCAAACGCCGCUUCAGUGCUGUGGUGGAUGGGCCAGUGGAGGAGGAGGAGGUCAUGAGGCUGGCACAAAGUGCUGCAGAUACAGCCAAGGCGGGAGAAAGCCCAACGGAGUCAGGGAGCCCAACCAGCUCCUCUCCGUCCCACACCCUCAACGGCAAAGCUCUACAACUGCAGAGCAGCACCAGCAAUGCGCGGAGACAGAGCGCCAUUGGCGAGCCAGCUCGGGGAGAUGAAGGAGAAAAAGAUGAAGUGAGAGCAGAAAGAAUGUGCCAAAGGCCAAGAAAUACAAGAGGUAGCAGUGUAGGAGGAAGACAGGAUGGCCCUUCAUCACCAGUCCAGGGUUCAGUCUCUUCCCUCUCCACUACUAACCGCAGACGCAACAGGCGCUCAAGCCGCCGGCCCCGACAACGCUUUGUAGGCAAGGACGGACGCUGCAACGUCACCUUCGUCAACAUGAGCGAGAGGGGCCAGCGGUACCUCAGUGACCUGUUCACCACCUGUGUGGACAUGCGUUGGCGUUGGAUGCUGGUCAUCUUCACCCUCUCCUUCAUUCUCUCCUGGCUUUUGUUUGGCUUCAUCUUCUGGCUAAUUGCCUCCGCGCAUGGGGACCUCUCCAUUCGGCUUUCCCCCAGGCCCGGAUCAGGAGACGCCGGCUCUGGAGGAAAGCCUGAUGGAGACAUGGUGGUUGAGGAGCCAUGCUUUCUGCAGGUGAACAACUUCAUGGCAGCCUUCUUGUUUUCUUUGGAGACGCAGACAUCCAUCGGUUACGGGUUCAGGAGCGUGACCGAAGAAUGUCCCCUGGCGGUGUUGGCGGUCGUUGUGCAGUGCAUUGUGGGCUGCAUUAUUGAUGCCUUCAUCAUUGGGGCGGUCAUGGCAAAGAUUUCCAAGCCCAAGAAACGCAACGAGACUCUGGUGUUCUCCGACUCAGCCGUGGUGGCGCUGAGAGACGGAAAACUCUGCAUGAUGUGGAGGGUUGGAAACCUACGCAAGAGCCAUCUGGUAGAGGCCCACGUCAGAGCACAACUACUCAAACCAAGGGUGACAUCCGAAGGGGAGUACCUCCCACUCGACAACGCAGACAUCAACGUGGGGUUUGACACGGGCACUGACCGAAUUUUUUUGGUUUCUCCUGUGACAAUUGUCCACGAAAUCAACGAGGAGUCGCCGUUUUUUGAGAUGGACAAGAAAACAUUGGAGCACGACGCAGAGUUGGAGGUGGUGGUCAUACUCGAGGGUAUGGUUGAGGCCACAGCAAUGACCACGCAGUGUCGUAGUUCCUACCUGGCCUCUGAAAUCCUCUGGGGACACCGAUUUGAGCCUGUGCUCUUUGAGAAGAAAGGUGGCUACCAGGUGGACUAUUCCUUUUUCCAUCGGACAUAUGAAAUCCCAAACACCCCGUUGUGCAGUGCUAAAGAUCUGGCUGAGCAGAAGUACAUCGAAAGCUCCCGCUCAUCAUUUUGUUACGAGAACGAAGUUGCCCUGCAGCUCGUCUCUCCAGAAGAUGAGCCGGAUCAAGCGUGUCCUUCUCAGCUGACCCGAAGGCUGUCUCUGGCAGAACACCUUCAUUGUAACUGAGUCCCAAAGAGUUGGAAGCUUUAGAGAAAAAUACACAGAAUACUUUGGAUGAGGAUAAAGAGACACAGACAAGACAAAUGGACAGGGGGGACUAAAAGAGAAACAGAUUGAGGUGUAAAUGGGUAAGAGAAGAAGGGAAAGCUAAAAUAGGAGAAUGUCAAGAGUUUAGGAUUUGAGUUUGGGAGAUCUCGACGGUCCUGUUCUGAUCAGACACAGAGAGGAAAAGUAAAGGAAAGGAUAGGAUUUUGAUCAUCGCUCUGACCUCGUUGUGUGAUUGGCCCUGGCAGUCUUUCAGGAUCAUUGAAUACAUCUUUGUUUUUAAGUCUCACCUCUGGCCCACCUCUACCACAGCACUUUCAUCUGGCGUGGUGCUCAGCAGCCCCACUCGGUGGCGUUAACCUGCAGCUUCAUCUUCAAACUCCUGAUCAGGAGGGAUGGUGGCCUCUGUGUGAAGUGAAUUAUCUCGUUAUUACUGACUUGUUGCUUCGGUGAUGCUAACGGUAAGUAUGGACAGCGUCCUUUCUUCGAUGCUGCAGGACUUUGGAGGAAUGUACGACAUGUUGGAGCACAAAGCAAAACAACAGUAAGGGGAAACCGUUGAAAACAAGCAGCAGUUUUUAACAGUUUCUUCUUGACUAAUGUUCUGUAUGUUUGCACUUUUGGGUGGAAAAUGUUUGUGGAUUGUAAAGUUUUUUGCACUUAUUUUCAGUGUUUGCAGAUUAUUUAUUUUUUGUUGGUUUUAAAACACAUUAGCACAACUGGACUGAUGUUACUCAUAUUUAAUAUCUACAGGAUCCUGUUAAGUAUCAUGUCACUAAAAGCACAAAUGCUGUUGUUCACAAAACGACUUAUUAGUUCUGUAGAUGCACCAUCGACCCAAAAUGAACUCCAACAUCAGAACAACUCAACCCUCAGAAACUGAAUGGGAAAUAUUUUCUGUUGAUGGAAAGUUGGGUUGGUUUGUUUUUUCUAUAUCCUGACUUUCAUUUGCACAAGUGGAUCAAAACACUACAGUUGUAGGGAUACUGUUGUAUUUUUGAACUAAUUUACUAAUUUCAGUAACGUUUCUCACUAUAACAUGAGACUGGUGCUGUGGGUGGUGCCUUUGUGACAGACCAGAGAAUUUCCUUCAUCAGCAGCCGUUCGUUUGAUUUGCUCGCUGCACAUUUUUGUGUUAACGUGACAUGAUUGCAGCAUGUUUUAAAUACACAAGAAAGUUCUGUGACUCUAUCUUGCAUUAUGAGUGCUCAGUACCCUCGUUAACAUGAAGAACCUCGUAGCUGUAUAGUAAUGUAGACUGUAAAAACUGCACUUUAUAAUACAAAGCACCUGGAAUGUUUGUGUUUAUUUAAAUAUUUUUGUUAUUUUAAACUGAAUCUAAGUAUUUAAGAUGUUUCGAGAAAGAUGGGGGUGCAACACGUAAAAGUGUUGACCAAAUCAGCCUUGUCGACGCACAGUUAGAUUUUUGUUGUUUGUAAUUUGCACAUAAGUGAAAUAUGGAAGCUAAAAUAACAGACGAAGCUCUGUUGUUCCUUAUUGUUGCAGCAAAGUCAGCAUCAAGGGUGUAGAGAUUCACAUGUGUUGUAAACCCUCUCGGGCUCAAAAUAAGUUUUGAUAAAAGGACAAACAACUAAGUCCUUCAGGGGUACUUCAGAGUUAAAAAAAUGCCCAAGAGAUACGAAUGUGGAGUAACCAGGUAGGUAGGUUUUAACAUUGCAAAUCUGCAACGCCUGCCUCCAGAGGGUUAAAAAGCCCCUGUAACCUCAGGCAGAGCAUCAAAAGUAGACAGCAUUGUGUGAGUUACAGUUUGCUCUGCUUACACCUCUUCUUCAUGACUGUUCUAUUUAUAAGCUUCACCAAGGGUCAUGUCAUUCACCCUGCUUCCAUGAAGUGUAACUUGACCCUAAAGCGCCAUCACUUUGAAAAGCUUUGAAAACUUGCCAGAAGAGACAGCUUGUUGGUCAUCGUAUUGUUUGUUUUGGAUCCAGCGGCAAGUAAAUGGCAAUGUUUCCUAAAGAAAUUAGCUUAAUAAAUUUCAUUAAAUAUGU